CCAUUUUAAACUCAAUUUUUCACACGUGCGCUCCUCUCCUGAGCUUUUGCAAAUGCUCAAACCAGAGAGACUAGCGUCCUCCCUUUCCCGCCAAUUCCCAUCACUCAAACCUAAACAACCCGAAGAACCACGACGCAAUCUCGUCAGCGACUUUCUUCUCCGGCUGAAAAGAUGCGUCUCCGUGAACCAACUCCGAGAGAUCCAAGCCCAGAUGCUACUCAACUCCGUCGACAAACCCAAUUUUCUGAUUCCCAAAGCCGUCGAGCUCGGAGACUUCACCCACGCCUCUCUCCUCUUCUCCGCGACGGAGCGACCGAACCACUACUCCUUCAAUUUCAUGAUCCGAGGGCUAACCAACACGUGGCGCGAUCACGGGGGAGCUCUCUCGCUGUAUCGCCGGAUGAAGUUUUCCGGGUUAAGACCCGAUAAUUUCACUUACAAUUUCGUUUUCGUCGCGUGCGGGAACAUACAUGAGAUUAGGGUUGGUAGGUCUGUUCAUUCUUCGCUGUUCAAAGUCGGGUUGGAAAGAGAUGAGCAUGUGAAUCACUCUUUGAUCAUUAUGUAUGCUAAAUGUGGUUACGUUGAGUAUGCGCGGAAGGUGUUCGAUGAAAUUACUGACAAGGAUACGGUGUCGUGGAACUCGAUGAUUGUUGGGUACUCUCUUGCGGGUGAGAUGGAAGAAGUGGUGGGUUUGUUUAGGAGGAUGGAGGAGGAGGAAGGAGUUGAGCCAGAUGAGAGGACGUUGGUUAGUGUGUUGGGUGCUUGUGCACAUUUGGGUGAUUUGAAAACUGGUAGAUUUCUGGAGGGUGUAGCUAUCAGGAAGAAGAUCGGUUUAAGCUCGUUUCUUGGGCCUAAGUUGAUCAGUAUGUAUGGAAAAUGCGGAGAAUUGGACUCGGCGAGUAGGGUUUUCAAUCAAAUGGUUAACAAGGACCGUGUUGCUUGGAAUGCUAUGAUCACUGUGUAUUCGCAAAACGGGAGGUCAAUGGAAGCUAUUAAGCUGUUUCGUGAGAUGGAAGAUUCAAGAGUUUCUCCUGACGCCGUCACAUUGUCUACUGUACUGUCUGCUUGUGGUUCAGUUGGAGCUCUUGAGUUAGGCAGACGCAUUGAAUCAUAUGCUUCGGAGACAGGCUUGCAGCAUGACAUCUAUGUGGCGACAGGACUAGUUGAUAUGUAUGGAAAAUGCGGAAGCAUAGGGGACGCUCUUAGAGUAUUUGAAGCCAUGCCGGUGAAAAACGAAGCCACUUGGAACGCUAUGAUAUCUACUUACGCGCAUCAUGGACACGCUCAAGAAGCUCUGUUACUUUUUGAGCAGAUGUCAGUUCCUCCGAGCGAUGUUACAUUCGUGGGAGUGCUCUCUGCUUGUGUGCACGCGGGUUUGGUCGACCAGGGCCGUAGGUAUUUCCAUGAGAUGAGUUCCUCGUUCGGGUUGGUCCCGAAGAUCGAGCAUUACACAAACGUAAUCGAUCUUCUGUCUCGUGCGGGGAUGUUAAAGGAGGCUUGGGAGUUCAUGGAGAAGUUUCCUGGGAAGCCAGACGAGAUCAUGUUAGGAGCGGUUCUUGGAGCGUGUCAGAAGAGAAAAGAUGUGGUGGUUGGGGAGAAAGCAAUGAAGAUGUUGAUGGGGAUGGAGGAGUCAAAGAACGCAGGGAACUAUGUUAUAUCGUCGAAGGUUUAUGCUGAGAUGAAGAUGUGGGAUGAAUCUGCGAAGGUGAGGGCGUUGAUGAGAGACAGAGGCGUUGUUAAGACACCAGGAUGUAGCUGGAUUGAGAUGGACGGUGAGAUGAUGGAGUUCACGGCGGGAAGCGAUGUUUUACAGUGUGGCAGGGAAGAUGCUGGGUCGUUGUUGGGUUUGUUGGUAGAGGAGAUGAAGAAUGAAAUGUAUGAUUUUUCCAGUGGGAGUUUGAGUUUUGGUUAGUCCCUUCAGCUGCGAGUUUCUGAGGAUCUUAAAGAUGUGAGUCAGGUCGUCUUCUGACUUUGAAAGAGGUGCAAAGUGUUGUAGGUCGCUCAAGACUCAAAGAGAGCAUGAAUCGAUCUGCUUCAUUUGCAUUUGAUGCUUAUAACUUGGGGACGAAGAGGUGGUUGCAGAUGUCAUAACUCAUUAAGUACUAACUUAUGACUCUGUAACUGUUUGGUUUGAGAUGAAUUAUAAGUUUAUUACGAGGCUAAUAGAGUAAUAGGUAAUCAUACAAUUGUGAUGAUUGUGGUAUACCAACUUUUUACUUUUUUCUUUAUGUAAUUCCGCUAAUGCGCUCGAACUAGCUUGCUUGGAGAGUCCAAAAUCCUCUAAAUUUCUCGUUGUCUGUUUCAACCGUUUAUUAAAGAUCUGAAACAAUAUAUGUGCUAGAGAUGUGUGAUAUGGUGUACAUUAUAUCUUUUAAUCGUUUGGAGGUAGGAAUCUACCAUCUGAGGUUUUGCAUUUUGCAGAACUACAACCGAGACCUUUUUCAUCUUUCUCUACUGUCUGCUCAUCAUAGUGUCAGCCAUGACGUCUUCAGACUGAAGAGUGGAAGGGGUGGAUGCAGGUUCUGUUUCUGAUGUAUCAUUACUUUGCUGCGGCUGAGAUAUAUUAUAAUGCAAUCAGGGUCUUCUUCAUCGCUGCCUAUGUCUGGAUGACUGGUUUUGGGAACUUCUCCUAUUACUAUAUCAGAAAGGAUUUCUCCCUAGCACGAUUCACUCAGAUGAUGUGGCUGAUUCGUGGCUUUCAGCUGCAUCAUUCUUAGUAAUGAUUUACAUGCUGUACUACAUCUGUCCGAUGCACACACUGUUCACUCUAAUGGUGUAUGGAGCCAUUGGUAUCUUCAGUCGGUAUAACGAAAUAAUCUACAAGCUUGACAAGGUCACAUACAACAAAUAUCAUCCCUACACAUCAUGGAUUCCAAUAACUGUGUACAUCUGUCUGCGAAAUUCCACACAACAGCUGCGAAAUUUAUCCCUGACACUAUUCGCGUGGCUUGGCAAGACUACUCUGGAGACCUAUAUAUCUCAGUUCCACAUCUGGCUAAGAUCGAAUGUUCCUAAUGGAAAGCCUAAGUGGUUAUUAUCCAUCGUUCCAUAAUACCCAAUGCUCAACUUUAUGCUCACCACGGCCAUCUAUGUCUUGGUAUCUCACCGGCUUUUCGAGCUGACCAAUACGUUAAAGUCUGUUUUCACACCCACAAAAGAUGAUAAGAGGCUGCUCCACAAUGUCCUCGCUGGAGCUGCUAUUUCAUUCUGUUUAUAUUUAACAGCUCUCAUUCUUCUCCAGGUCCCACACUAACCAUGAAGGAACUGUAAACAUGAAUCUCACAGAGGUUUCUAUGUCAAACUUACUAAAUAGUUACAACACACGUCUCAUGUCGACAAUGAACCACAUGAGUUUCAGAAAAUAGUGAAAGUGAAGCAUCAUAGGACUCUACUUUUGUUCAAACCUUUUUUCUUUCUUUUCUGUUGUAAUUUUGCCAUUAGUUUUUGUUAUAUAUAGUUUUUAUUUGCCUUUUUGUUCGGCUGUAUUGCUACAUUUUGUUACAAAAUACAAAACAUAUAUACAUCAUUCUGCAAUUGCGUAUGAAUUUUUUUAAUAAGAA